AUGGCAGCUGCAGAAGCAGCAUCGUAUCUCAUCAGUCUCACCCUCUCCCCUGACCAAGCCAACCAUUGCCUCACCCGUUGCCCGCGCCUCGCGGAGUCGAGUACCCUCCCCAACCAGCGGAAAGUCGCCGCGUUUCUCUUAGACGAGCUACAUUUCUCCGCCAAGGCCCUUCCGCCGCUCCUCCGCCGCUGCCCGCAGCUCCUCGCGUACAGCGUCCCCGAAAAGCUCCGCCCAGCCGCGGAGUGCCUCCGUGGAGUGGGGUUCACCACGCGGGACCUCCGCCGCGCGAUCGCGCAGUUCCCUGGGAUCCUCGCGCGCAGCAUUGAGGAGAAGCUCUGCCCGCUGCUCGCGCUCUUGCAGCACCUCGAUAUUGCCGAGGAGAAAUGCCGACGCGUCAUUCUCGCCUGCCCGCGGCUCGUGAGCUACAGCAUCGACCUCAAAAUGCGCCCGCUCGUUCUCUUUUUCCAAUCCAACCUGCCCUUUUCGGCGUCGCAAGUCGGACCGACUCUUAUCUUUCACGUAUUUAACGUCUUCUCGAACCCCAGAAGAUCGAAUCUGCAAGCCCGGCUUGACUCCCUUCCCUUCCGCGACCUCGGGUCAACGCCACAGCAGGCUUGCGAACCUGCUGUAGAACAUUUGCGCUGCACUCAUUCUCGGGUUCUUAUAGCGCGUACGACGGGACCUGGCGCGGGCGGGAUGAAGCCCGAGGACGACGGCAGUGGGUCGGGCAGUUCAGGCGGGAGCGAUGGAUCGGGCAGCGGAAGACGGGGCGGGCAGGGGGACGAGGAGGCGGGGUAUGAGAUGGAGGAGGACGAGGAGCGGUCGGAGGAAGACGAGGAGGAGGAUGAAGCAGGCGACGAUCCUGAUGACGAGGACUUCGACCCCACCAGCUGCGCGCCGAAUGGGCAACUGGCGCGGCGGGGGAAGGAGGGCGACGCUGACGUGGAAGAGGAAGAGGAAGAGGAGGAGGAAGGCCGCGACUCACCCGCGUCGUCUGGUGACGAGUCGGACUCCCCCAGUAGCGCGUCCUCCUCCGCAUCUGAUGGCAGCAGCGGCGGCUCCCGCCGCCCGCAGUCCCGCCGCCCCAACAACCGCAGAAAAGCGCCCCCCAGACCCGCCGCCGGGAGCGGAAUAGGCGGAGGGGGAGGGGGUGGCGGAGGGGGUGGGGGAAGAGGGACUCGCGCUAGCAACCGGUCGAAUGCGAGACGGCGGACUGUAGAGUCGUCAGACGAUGAUGGGGAGGGGGACGAGGAGGAGGAGGCAGGAAGUGGGAGUGAGUCGUUUGACGAGGCUGGGGCGGGUGGCGGGGACGACGAGAGCUCGUCGGAUUUCUCUGGGUCGUCGUACUUUGAGGAUGAUGAGGACUCGGCGGAUGAGCUGGCGCCCCCUGCGAAGAAGAAACUCAAGGGUAUCGCAGCAGCGGGGGAGGAGGGCGAGGAGGAGGACGAAGACAUGCUUCCGCCCGGAGGGGAUGCAGCAGAGGGGGCAGAGGCAGACGCAGAGGCGGAGGGGGACGUGGUGGAGCGGGUGCUGUGGCACCAGCCGCUGGGGCGGAGUGAGGAGAUGCGGGCAGCGGGGCAGCCCACGGGGCCGUGUGUGUUGGAGUAUGAUGUGAGCGAGGCCAUCGACUGGGAGCAGCAGGAGCUGUACGUCAAGUGGAAGGGGCGCUCUUUCCUGCACUGCGACUGGCUGCCCAUUGCCACCCUCUCCACGGUACUGCACUCCUUUUCACCGUUCUGCAUCCCUUUCCACCAUACUGCAUCCCUCUUCAUGCUACCCGGGUUCAAGAAGGUGCAGAACUACAUGAAGCGGGCGGACGAUGAGAGGCGGUACCGCCUCUCACCCCCUCUGUUUUUCCACCCUUGCACCUUCUCACCAUCUCAAACGGUCCUUUGGAGCACGACACCUCCAAGCGGCAUGGAGGACCACGCCGACGACUUCAUAAAGUUGCAGCUGCCCGGGUUCAAGAAGGUGCAGAACUACAUGAAGCGGGCGGACGAUGAGAGGCGGUACCGACUGAGCGUGUCAGCGGAGGAGGUGGAGGCGCUGAACGUGGGGCGCGAGAUGGAGCUGGACCUGCUCAAGCAGUACUCGCAGGUGGACCGGGUGGUGGCGGAGCGGCCAGCCAAGGCUGCAGCAGGGGAGGCGGGGCGGGAGGGCGAUGAGGUCAGCAGCUACGAGUUCUUUGUCAAGUGGAAGGGGCUCUCUUACUCCGAGGCCACCUGGUGCGUCUGUUCACCUCACCACCUACCCUCUCACCACCCAUCGCGCCAUCCCUCUCACGAGUUCUUUGUCAAGUGGAAGGGGCUCUCUUACUCCGAGGCCACCUG